GCUGCAGGAGCACAGCGCAAUGAGUUCACACGGAUGCGCUGCAACGUAGCUUCUCUGCUCUCUGCUCACUGCGUCCUUCAUAGAGUGAUGACAGAUAUUUAAAUGACAGACAAGUGGAAACCCGGGCUCAUCUGAGAUAUCUGUGCCUUGUGUCUACCUUUACCUGCGUCCAGAAUGGGAUUACGCAUACUUGGCACGCGCUUUUACGCGUAUGCAUGCGUCUAUUUAUUUGCUUUCAUCCUGCAAGCUGCCCAAUCCCAGAAUAAUCCGGGGACACGACAAGUGAAUAACCAAAGAGCGGCGGUGCGGCAGUCAUUACAGUGGUCACACAACGGCCAGAUCUUUAGCAUUUUGAGCCAGGGCUCGGAGUAUCAGCCACCGAGGCGGAGAGGCGCUCCUCAGGAGCAAGUGCAGCCACGAACUGUCACCAUCCUCCGAGAUGCGGACACCCAGAGCCAGCAGGGUGUCCAGCAGCCGCAGCAGCAGCAGCAGCAGCAGUCUUCCGGGCCCGCGUCCGAUUCCCGCAGCCAUGUCCCCCUGCUCCAAAGACUCGUCAGAGGACCCGAGCAUCGCCAGCAUCACCAGAACCGGUCCGGUGCGCGCCCGGUUACGCAGAGGAACAGCACGGCCAACGAGACCCAGGACACUCUCAGCCCGCCUCUGCCCAGGAGAGACGACAUGAUGGUCGCCGACGACCCCUACGACCCAUACAAGUCAUCAGAUAGUGAUAAUCCAUAUUACAAUUAUUAUGACGCGUAUGAGAGACCGAGGCCGAGACCGAGACCCGGAUAUGGCACACGGUAUCAUCAGUACGGUCUCCCCGAUCUCGUCCCCGAUCCAUACUAUAUCCAAGCCUCAGCUUACGCCCAGAGAGUCCCAAUGUAUAACCUGAGAUGUGCAGCUGAAGAAAACUGUUUGUCAAGCUCGGCCUACAGGUCCGAUGUGAGAGACUACGACACCCGCAUGCUGCUCAGGUUCCCUCAGAGAGUCAAGAACCAGGGCACAGCCGACUUCCUGCCCAGCAGGCCACGCUACUCCUGGGAGUGGCACAGCUGUCACCAACACUUCCACAGUAUGGAUGAGUUCAGCCACUACGACCUGCUGGAUUCAUCCACUCAUCACUCAGUGGCCGAGGGACACAAGGCCAGCUUCUGCUUGGAGGACACUUCCUGUGACUAUGGAUACUACAGGCGGUACGCCUGCACCUCACAUACCCAGGGCCUGAGUCCGGGAUGUUAUGACACCUACAACGCAGACAUCGACUGCCAGUGGAUCGACAUCACAGAUGUGAAGCCUGGGAACUAUGUACUGAAGAUCAGUGUAAAUCCAUACUACCAGGUCCCAGAAUCAGACUACAGCAACAACAUUGUGCGCUGCGAGGUUCGCUACACCGGCAACUAUGCCUAUGUGUCAGGUUGUCAUAUGUCAACGUAUUAAAAGAAGAGAGUCAUUCACAGCAGCUCAGCUGAGAUGUUCUGUCAACGACAACGAGGACAAAGUGCAGCGGUCGAUAAGAUCCGUGACACCUGCACUCAUUGUAUUAUUUAAAAUACUUCCAACGUAGGAAGAAAAAAAAAACAAUCUGACAUCAUAAUGCCAGAUAUAAUUCUUCUUUGCUUGUGUGUCUGAAAAGUAUAUUAUUAUGUACUUUCUUAUUUUCAUUUUUCUGACUUCUUUUCUUGCAUCAUAGGUCAUUCUUUUAUUUCAUGUCACUUCUGGGAUAUUAGAGUUUAGAAUCCAUGCAAUUUGGAAGCUGUCAUAGUUAGUAGUUGCCUUCAUCUAUUUCAGUAUAUUUUUAAAUGAACCACUUGUUUAAAGGGAAAAUGUCUGUUUUAUUUAUAUGCAACUGAAGAAACUUUCUUUCAUCCAAAGCUUUUGGAUGAAACUUGAAUAAACCCCUUGUGAAAGUGUAUCACUCAUCUUUAAGAGAAAAUAUUCUCCAGUGAUCGUGUUAAGUUCCUAAAGCCCAGAGCGACAUCUUCACAUGGCUCAAUCUAAACAUAUUAAACUAACUUCUUGUUUUUUUGUUUUUUUGGAAAUCCCCACAUUAAAGAACCUGAAGCCAGAAA